GGAGAGAGAAAGCCACGCCGAGAGGAGGUGUGGGUGUUCCGCUUCUAUCCUAACGGAACGAGCUCCCGCUUCGCGAGCAUGGGAUCACCCGGCGGCUGCUGACCCCGCUCCUCGCCCUGCGCCCCCAGACCGGCGUGGCUUCCCGGGCAGCAAGCCCCAGGAGCUGACCUCGGCCGGACUCGCACCCGGGCGGGACGUGUUGUGCGGCGGAGUGCCUGACCCGCGUCAGGGUUUUCAAGAAGACAUGUCGGACAAGAUGUCAAGUUUCCUGCACAUCGGGGACAUCUGUUCUCUGUACGCGGAGGGAUCGACCAAUGGCUUCAUCAGCACGCUGGGGCUGGUCGACGACCGCUGUGUUGUGCAGCCGGAAACUGGAGACCUAAACAACCCGCCCAAGAAGUUCAGAGACUGCCUGUUCCGGCUCUGCCCCAUGAACCGCUACUCGGCGCAGAAGCAGUUCUGGAAGGCGGCCAAGCCCGGCGGUAACAGCACCACGGACGCCGUGCUGCUCAACAAGCUGCACCACGCGGCCGACCUGGAGAAGAAGCAGAACGAGACGGAGAACAGGAAGCUGCUGGGGACCGUCAUCCAGUACGGCAACGUGAUCCAGCUCCUGCACCUGAAAAGUAACAAGUACCUGACGGUGAACAAGCGGCUCCCAGCGCUGCUGGAGAAGAAUGCCAUGCGGGUGACGCUGGACGAGGCGGGCAACGAGGGCUCCUGGUUCUACAUCCAGCCCUUCUACAAGCUGCGCUCCAUCGGGGACAGUGUGGUCAUAGGCGACAAGGUGGUGCUGAACCCGGUCAACGCGGGCCAGCCCCUGCACGCCAGCAGCCACCAGCUGGUGGACAACCCCGGCUGCAACGAGGUCAAUUCUGUCAACUGCAACACCAGCUGGAAGGUCGUGCUGUUCAUGAAGUGGAGCGACAACAAGGAGGACAUCCUCAAGGGGGGCGACGUGGUGCGGCUGUUCCACGCGGAGCAGGAGAAGUUCCUCACCUGCGACGAGCACCGGAAGCAGCAGCACGUCUUCCUGCGGACCACCGGCCGGCAGUCGGCCACGUCGGCCACCAGCUCCAAAGCCCUGUGGGAGGUGGAGGUGGUGCAGCACGACCCGUGCCGGGGAGGCGCCGGGUACUGGAACAGCCUCUUCCGGUUCAAGCACCUGGCCACCGGGCACUACCUGGCCGCGGAGGUAGACCCUGACUUUGAGGAAGAAUGCCUGGAGUUUCAGCCCCCAGCGGACCCUGACCAGGACGCGUCCCGCAGCCGGCUCCGCAACGCCCAGGAGAAGAUGGUGUACUCACUGGUGUCCGUGCCCGAGGGCAACGACAUCUCCUCCAUCUUCGAGCUGGACCCCACCACCCUCCGCGGCGGCGACAGCCUGGUCCCCAGGAACUCCUACGUGCGGCUGCGCCACCUGUGCACCAACACCUGGGUCCACAGCACCAACAUCCCCAUCGACAAGGAGGAGGAGAAGCCCGUGAUGCUGAAGAUCGGCACCUCGCCCGUGAAGGAGGACAAGGAGGCGUUCGCCAUCGUGCCGGUGUCCCCGGCCGAGGUCCGGGACCUGGACUUCGCCAACGACGCCAGCAAGGUGCUGGGCUCCAUCGCGGGGAAGCUGGAGAAAGGCACCAUCACCCAGAACGAGAGGAGGUCGGUGACCAAGCUGCUGGAAGACCUGGUGUACUUCGUCACCGGGGGCACCAACUCCGGCCAGGACGUGCUGGAGGUGGUCUUCUCCAAGCCCAACCGCGAGCGGCAGAAGCUGAUGCGGGAGCAGAACAUCCUCAAGCAGAUCUUCAAGCUGCUGCAGGCCCCGUUCACGGACUGCGGGGACGGCCCGAUGCUGCGGCUGGAGGAGCUGGGCGACCAGCGGCACGCCCCGUUCCGGCAUAUCUGCCGGCUCUGCUACCGCGUCCUCCGGCACUCGCAGCAGGACUACAGGAAGAACCAGGAGUACAUCGCCAAGCAGUUCGGCUUCAUGCAGAAGCAGAUCGGCUACGACGUGCUGGCCGAGGACACCAUCACCGCGCUGCUGCACAACAACCGCAAGCUGCUGGAGAAGCACAUCACGGCCGCCGAGAUCGACACCUUCGUCAGCCUCGUGCGCAAGAACCGGGAGCCCAGGUUCCUGGAUUACCUGUCUGACCUGUGCGUGUCCAUGAACAAGUCCAUCCCGGUGACACAGGAGCUCAUCUGCAAAGCGGUGCUCAACCCCACCAACGGCGACAUUCUCAUCGAGACCAAGCUGGUCCUCUCCCGCUUCGAGUUCGAAGGGGUGUCCUCAGGGGAGAGCGCCCUAGAGGCGGGCGAGGACGAGGAGGAGGUGUGGCUGUUCUGGAGGGACAGCGGCAAGGAGAUCCGCAGCAAGAGCGUGCGGGAGCUGGCGCAGGACGCCAAGGAGGGCCAGAAGGAGGACCGCGACGUGCUCAGCUACUACCGGUACCAGCUGAACCUCUUCGCCAGGAUGUGUCUGGACCGCCAGUACCUGGCCAUCAACGAGAUCUCGGGGCAGCUGGACGUGGACCUCAUUCUGCGCUGCAUGUCGGACGAGAACCUGCCCUACGACCUGAGGGCCUCCUUCUGCCGCCUCAUGCUGCACAUGCACGUGGACCGGGACCCGCAGGAGCAGGUCACGCCCGUGAAGUACGCCCGCCUCUGGUCCGAGAUCCCGUCGGAGAUCGCCAUCGACGACUAUGACAGCAACGGGGCCUCCAGAGACGACAUCAAGGAGCGGUUCGCGCAGACCAUGGAGUUCGUGGAGGAGUACCUUCGGGACGUGGUGUGCCAGCGGUUCCCCUUCUCGGACAAGGAGAAGAACAAGCUGACGUUCGAGGUUGUGAACUUAGCGAGGAAUCUCAUCUACUUUGGUUUCUAUAACUUCUCUGACCUCUUGCGAUUGACCAAGAUCCUCCUGGCCAUCCUGGACUGCGUGCACGUGACCACCAUCUUCCCCAUCAGCAAGAUGGCGAAGGGAGAGGAGAACAAAGGCAGCAACGUGAUGCGGUCCAUCCACGGGGUCGGGGAGCUGAUGACGCAGGUGGUGCUGCGGGGAGGGGGCUUCUUGCCCGUGACCCCCAUGGCCGCCGCCCCCGAAGGCAACGUGAAGCAGGCGGAGCCAGAGAAGGAAGACAUCAUGGUCAUGGACACGAAGCUGAAGAUCAUCGAGAUCCUGCAGUUCAUCUUGAACGUGAGGCUGGACUACAGGAUCUCCUGCCUCCUGUGCAUAUUUAAGCGUGAGUUCGACGAGAGCAACUCCCAGACGUCGGAGGCGUCCUCGGGCGGCAGCAGCCAGGAGGCGCCCGGCAGCGUGCCAGGCGCUCUGGACUUUGAGCACAUUGAGGAGCAAGCGGAGGGCAUCUUCGGAGGAAGUGAGGAGAACACCCCGCUGGACCUGGACGACCAUGGCGGCAGGACCUUCCUCCGGGUGCUGCUGCACCUGACCAUGCACGACUACCCGCCCCUGGUGUCGGGGGCCCUGCAGCUGCUCUUCCGGCACUUCAGCCAGCGGCAGGAGGUGCUGCAGGCCUUCAAGCAGGUUCAGCUGCUGGUUACCAGCCAGGACGUGGACAACUACAAGCAGAUCAAGCAGGACCUGGACCAGCUGCGGUCCAUCGUGGAGAAGUCCGAGCUCUGGGUGUACAAGGGGCAGGGCCCCGACGAGGCCAUGGACGGUGUGUCGGGGGAGAACGAGCACAAGAAGGCAGAGGAGGGGAACAGCAAGGCCCCGAAGCACGAGAGCACAAGCAGCUACAACUACCGGGUGGUCAAGGAGAUCCUGAUCCGACUCAGCAGGCUGUGCGUGCAGGAGGGCGCAUCCGUGCGCAAGAGCCGGAAGCAGCAGCAGCGGCUGCUCAGGAACAUGAGCGCCCACGCCGUGGUGCUGGAGCUGCUGCAGAUCCCCUACGAGAAGGCCGAGGACACCAAGAUGCAGGAGAUCAUGCGGCUGGCACACGAGUUCCUGCAGAACUUCUGCGCGGGCAACCAGCAGAACCAGGCCCUGCUGCACAAGCACAUCAACCUGUUCCUCAACCCGGGGAUCCUGGAGGCGGUGACCAUGCAGCACAUCUUCAUGAACAACUUCCAGCUCUGCAGCGAGAUCAACGAGAGGGUGGUGCAGCACUUUGUGCACUGCAUCGAGACGCACGGCCGCAACGUGCAGUACAUCAAGUUCCUGCAGACCAUCGUCAAGGCCGAGGGGAAGUUCAUCAAGAAGUGCCAGGACAUGGUCAUGGCCGAGCUGGUGAACUCCGGCGAGGACGUGCUCGUGUUCUACAACGACCGGGCCUCCUUCCAGACGCUGAUCCAGAUGAUGCGGUCGGAGCGGGACCGCAUGGACGAGAACAGCCCGCUCAUGUACCACAUCCACCUGGUGGAGCUGCUGGCCGUGUGCACCGAGGGCAAGAACGUGUACACCGAGAUCAAGUGCAACUCCCUGCUGCCGCUGGACGACAUCGUGCGCGUGGUCACCCACGAGGACUGCAUCCCCGAGGUCAAGAUCGCCUACAUCAACUUCCUGAACCACUGCUACGUGGACACGGAGGUGGAGAUGAAGGAGAUCUACACCAGCAACCACAUGUGGAAGCUGUUCGAGAACUUCCUCGUGGACAUCUGCAGGGCCUGCAACAACACAAGUGACCGGCGGCACGCGGACUCCAUCCUGGAGAAGUACGUGACCGAGAUCGUCAUGAGCAUCGUGACCACGUUCUUCAGCUCCCCCUUCUCCGACCAGAGCACCACGCUGCAGACGCGGCAGCCGGUGUUCGUGCAGCUGCUGCAGGGCGUGUUCCGCGUCUACCACUGCAACUGGCUGGCGCCCGGCCAGAAGGCCUCGGUGGAGGGCUGCAUCCGCGUGCUCUCCGACGUGGCCAAGAGCCGGGCCAUCGCCAUCCCGGUGGACCUGGACAGCCAGGUGAACAACCUCUUCCUCAAGUCCCACAACAUCGUGCAGAAGACGGCCCUCAACUGGCGGCUGUCUGCCCGCAACGCGGCCCGCCGGGACUCGGUGCUGGCCGCCUCCCGGGACUACCGCAACAUCAUCGAGCGGCUGCAGGACAUCGUCUCAGCACUGGAGGACCGGCUGCGGCCGCUGGUGCAGGCCGAGCUGUCGGUGCUGGUGGACGUGCUGCACCGGCCGGAGCUGCUCUUCCCGGAGAACACGGACGCCAGGAGGAAGUGCGAGAGCGGGGGCUUCAUCUGCAAGCUGAUCAAACACACCAAGCAGCUGCUGGAGGAGAACGAGGAGAAGCUGUGCAUCAAGGUCCUGCAGACGCUGCGCGAGAUGAUGACCAAGGACCGCGGCUACGGCGAGAAGCCCAUUUCCAUUGAGGAGCCGGAGAGCGCCGAGCUGCCACCGGCCCCGGACCCCGAGAGCAACACAGAGCAGGAGGCGGAGCCGAGUCCCCCGCUGAGGCAGCUGGAGGACCACAAACGGGGUGAGGCGCUCAGGCAGAUUUUGGUCAACCGUUACUAUGGCAACGUCAGGCCUUCGGGAAGAAGAGAGAGCCUCACCAGCUUCGGCAAUGGCCCGCUGUCGCCCGGAGGAGCCGGCAAGCCCGGGGGCGGAGGGGGCAGCUCCGGGUCCAGCUCCGUGAGCCGUGGCGAGAUGAGCCUGGCCGAGGUCCAGUGCCAUCUGGACAAGGAGGGGGCCUCCAACCUGGUCAUCGACCUCAUCAUGAAUGCGUCCAGCGACCGCGUCUUCCACGAGAGCAUCCUCCUGGCCAUCGCCCUUCUGGAAGGCGGCAACACCACCAUACAGCACUCCUUCUUCUGCCGGCUGACGGAGGACAAGAAGUCCGAGCGGUUCUUCAAGGUCUUCUACGACCGCAUGAAGGUGGCCCAGCAGGAGAUCAAGGCCACGGUGACCGUGAACACCAGCGACCUGGGGAACAAGAAGAAGGACGAGGAGACGGACAGGGAUGCCCCUUCCCGGAAGAAAGCCAAAGAGCCCUCAACGCAGAUCACGGAGGAGGCCCGCGACCAGCUCGUGGAGGCCUCGGCCGCCACCAGGAAGGCCUUCACCGCCUUCCGCCGGGAGGCCGACCCCGACGACCACUACCAGUCCGGGGAGGGCGCGCAGGCCGCGGCCGACAAGCCCAAGGACGAGCUGGAGAUGAGCGCGGUCAUCACCAUCAUGCAGCCCAUCCUGCGCUUCCUGCAGCUGCUGUGUGAGAACCACAACCGGGACCUGCAGAACUUCCUGCGCUGCCAGAACAACAAGACCAACUACAACCUGGUGUGCGAGACGCUGCAGUUCCUGGACUGCAUCUGCGGCAGCACCACGGGUGGCCUGGGGCUGCUCGGCCUCUACAUCAACGAGAAGAACGUGGCACUCAUCAACCAGACGCUGGAGAGCCUCACCGAGUACUGCCAGGGACCCUGCCACGAGAACCAGAACUGCAUCGCCACCCACGAGUCCAACGGCAUCGACAUCAUCACGGCGCUGAUCCUCAACGACAUCAACCCGCUGGGGAAGAAGCGCAUGGACCUGGUGCUGGAGCUGAAGAACAACGCCUCCAAGCUGCUGCUGGCCAUCAUGGAGAGCAGGCACGACAGCGAGAACGCCGAGCGGAUCCUCUACAACAUGCGGCCCAAGGAGCUGGUGGAGGUGAUCAAGAAGGCCUACCUGCAGGGGGAGGGCGAGGGGGAGGCGGAGGAAGGAGAGAAUGAGGAGAACGGCGAGGACGGAGCGGCCUCCCCCCGGAACGUGGGCCACAACAUCUACAUAUUAGCUCACCAGCUGGCGCGGCACAACAAGGAGCUGCAGAGCAUGCUGAAGCCGGGCGGCCAGGUGGACGGCGACGAGGCACUGGAGUUCUACGCCAAGCACACGGCGCAGAUCGAGAUCGUCCGGCUGGACCGCACCAUGGAGCAGAUCGUGUUCCCGGUGCCCAGCAUCUGCGAGUUCCUCACCAAGGAGUCCAAGCUGCGCAUCUACUACACCACCGAGCGCGACGAGCAGGGCAGCAAGAUCAACGACUUCUUCCUGCGCUCCGAGGACCUCUUCAACGAGAUGAACUGGCAGAAGAAGCUCCGAGCCCAGCCCGUGCUGUACUGGUGCGCCCGCAACAUGUCCUUCUGGAGCAGCAUCUCCUUCAACCUGGCCGUGCUCAUGAACCUGCUCGUGGCCUUCUUCUACCCGUUCCGCGGCGCCCGGGGAGGGACGCUGGAGCCGCACUGGUCGGGGCUGCUCUGGACGGCCAUGCUGGUGUCGCUGGCCAUCGUCAUCGCACUGCCCAAGCCCCACGGCAUCCGGGCGCUGAUCGCGUCCACCAUCCUGCGGCUCAUCUUCUCCGUGGGGCUGCAGCCCACGCUCUUCCUGCUGGGCGCCUUCAACGUCUGCAACAAGAUCAUCUUCCUGAUGAGCUUCGUGGGCAACUGCGGCACGUUCACGCGCGGCUACCGCGCCAUGGUGCUGGACGUGGAGUUCCUCUACCACCUGCUCUACCUGCUCAUCUGCGCGCUCGGGCUGUUCGUGCACGAGUUCUUCUACAGCCUGCUGCUCUUCGACCUGGUGUACCGGGAGGAGACCCUGCUCAACGUCAUCAAGAGCGUCACCCGCAACGGGCGCUCCAUCAUCCUGACGGCGGUGCUGGCGCUCAUCCUGGUCUACCUCUUCUCCAUCGUGGGCUACCUCUUCUUCAAGGCCGACUUCCUGCUGGAGGUGGACCCGCUGCCCAACGACACCGCCCUCCCAGACACCGGCGAGAGCCUGGCCAGCGAGUUCCUGUUCUCGGACGUGUGCCGGGUGGGGGCGGGGGAGAACUGCUCCUCGCCGGCCCCUCAGGAAGCGCUGCUCUCGGCCGAGGAGCCCGAGCAGGACAAGGAGCACACGUGCGAGACGCUGCUGAUGUGCAUCGUCACCGUGCUGAGCCACGGGCUGCGCAGCGGUGGCGGCGUGGGCGACGUGCUCAGGAAGCCGUCCAAGGAGGAGCCCUUGUUCGCUGCCCGCGUCAUCUACGACCUGCUCUUCUUCUUCAUGGUCAUCAUCAUCGUGCUCAACCUCAUCUUCGGGGUCAUCAUCGACACCUUCGCCGACCUGAGGAGCGAGAAGCAGAAGAAGGAGGAGAUCCUCAAGACCACGUGCUUCAUCUGCGGCUUGGAGCGGGACAAGUUUGACAACAAGACGGUCACCUUCGAGGAGCACAUCAAGGAGGAGCACAACAUGUGGCACUACCUGUGCUUCAUCGUGCUGGUGAAGGUGAAGGACUCCACGGAGUACACCGGCCCCGAGAGCUACGUGGCCGAGAUGAUCCAGGAGAGAAACCUCGACUGGUUCCCCCGCAUGAGGGCCAUGUCCCUGGUCAGCAGCGACUCAGAGGGCGAGCAGAACGAGCUGCGGAACCUGCAGGAGAAGCUCGAGUCCACCAUGAAGCUGGUCUCCAACCUCUCCGGCCAGCUGUCCGAGCUCAAGGACCAGAUGACAGAGCAGAGGAAGCAGAAGCAGCGGAUCGGCCUCCUGGGACACCCUCCGCACCUGAACGCCAACCCCCAGCAGCCGGCGUGAGCCAGCGGAGUGCCCCCCGGCGCAGGGCGGGGCGGCGGCUGGCUGGCCGAGGCGUCUGUAAAUAAACUCCGGUCGUACUGGAUGUACAUGAUCGCUAGCCUAGAGGUGGGAUGUACCUAUUGUAAUCAGUGUUGGCACGGUGACCUUCGUUUGUGCCAAGAAAUAUUAAAAAUGCCUUUUUUGGAAAGGACUACAGAAAGCACCUGAUUUGCACUUGAACCAGAGUAUAGAUUUAAAGCUAUAGGACGUGUAUUUUGUAUUUAAAUCUAGAGUAGCCAGUAUUUAUGUUUUUUAUAAACUGUGCAAUACGGAUUCCGCGAUCACAGUGACCCUUAGCCCCCGGGUCCCGGAGGGAGCCGUGUCUUUGAAGCUGGUGUUAAUACGAUGUGACAAAUGUCCGACGAUGCUGCUGCCAAAACACCGUGCUGGUGCGCGCAGGCCCGGCGGCCGAGCCACGGAGGCGCCUGUGGUGGCGCCGUGGGCCGUGGCAUCGGCGCCCCACGCCUCCGAAGCGGCAAGCCCGCCUUCAUUGUAAGAGCAACUGUAGCUUCGAAGAUCCUUAUAAGCUUCCGAAUGGAUCGUUGAAACUGUUGCUAAGAGGUAACCUAGAGGCUCAGGCGUUAGCUUGUGGCGUUAAUAGACGUGCUUCAAGGGGGAACGCACCCUGCUGCCAAUCGGUGAAGCUCCUGGUGAGUGUGGGUGUCUCGCCGUCAACACGCCGUCCGCCGCUGGUCUCCGAGUAUCUGGUCCCAGCGGCAGGGGCUGCGAGGCGCCCGCUAGCCCCCGCGGUAAACACGUAUCGGUUUUGUUUGUCACGUGAACUCUGCUGCGGAUGGAUGGAGAGUGAGAGGAACCUUGCGUAUCUGUUGCUGAGUUGUGUACCUGGAAUCAUUUUAUAAGAGACACUCUGCAAAAAAAAAAUUUUUUUGAAAAUGUGUUGAGAGCAGAGUUCCAACGAGGGAAGUCUGUAAAUGCCUGUGUGAGGAUAAUAUUUAAUAAACGAUGCAGACCACGG